AAGUCCUGCAUCUUGGCAGGGGGUUAGACGGGUGACCCUUGGGGUCCCUUCUAACCCUAAGGUCUUCGAACCAUUGGUGCUAUUGGCCUACAAGGAUUUGAACCUAUUUGAGUUCAGCUCAGGAUCUGGGGAGUUUAUAAACUGUGAGGAGAUUAUAAACUCUGCGGCUGUCUCUCUCAGUCUGUGUCCUCUCCUGGAGCCCGUUUCAUUGCUCUUCCUUCCCUUGCUCAGUACAGCGUCUACACUACCCUGCCGAGCCCUGAGGAGAAGGAGGGGAUAUUGUGAACGCAGCUCCUCUGAGAAUGGUGUUCCCAAUCGUCUCUCUGGUGCUGUGUGCCGUGGCCUUCCUUGCCGGGGUGUUGUUGAACAGCUACGUCCUCUUUGUCGCCAGCUGGCGUAUGGUGAGGACAGCCAGCACCGUGUGGUUCCAGAACCGGGCUCUGACCGAUUUCAUCUUUAUUGUCUUCUUACCCCUUAAAUUCACCUCCCUCUUCAUCCAGGAUUUAGACUGGGUCAAGAGGCUGAGCAACACAAUCAUCUCCUUUCACAUGUUCUCCAGCGCCUUCCUCCUCACGGCCCUCAGUGUCAAUCGCUGCAUCCUCGUGGCACGCCCUGAGUGGGUCCGGAACUACCGCAUGUCCCCCCUGGCUUUCAUGAUUGUCAUGGGCAUAGGGGCCCUGUCUCUUGGGUUCAGCUUGAGGUAUUGUGAUCUCUGGGAAUCCCUCCUUGCACCAGCCAGCAUCAGCAUGAAUUCCCGAUUGUAUGAAAGGAGGGUGAGGGCUGCCGUUACAAUCCAGUUCCUGGUCGGGUUUCUGAUCCCAUUAGCCUUGAUCUUAAUCCCAACCUUCUACAUCGUUCUAGCUGCCAAGCCGAGAAGGAACAGGCUGAACCAGUCCACCAAGCCACUCAAGAUCCUUCUUGGCUUGAUCCCGACCUUUUUCCUCUGCUGGCUGCCGUAUCACGUCCUCUCCUUCCUGCUGAUUUCAACGAAGUACCCCCUGCCUUUUCUUGUAACAGAAAGCAAUUUUCCUUAUAUCCUGGCAUAUUUCAGCAGCUGCCUCAACCCCAUCUUCUACCUCACCAUGGAAGAAGAGUUUCUGAAGUACCGGCAAUGUGCACGCAACCCCCAAACCACCAACAACUCAGGGCUGGAGCUGGCUGAAUAGGGGAAUGGAUGGAAUUGUCAAUAUUUGCAUGGAAAAAGAAUUUUAUUAGCUCGGACCUGUGACAUUCUCUUGACCCCAAAAAUGUCUUUUUAGAAAGAGAUUUUUUUUUUGCCUUAUUCAGAGAAGAGCCAUGAGAAUGAUUCCAGGAUUAGAAAACC